UUACUGUGUUUUUAUGCCAAAUUGUUAAUGUCGGAAGAAAUCACAGCAAACGACGUAAAAAACAGAAAAUAACAUUUAUUUCUAUAGUUCGUUCGUGACAAAUUCAACCGAUGGUCGCAAAUCGCGGCACGGACUUUGUGGCAACUAUUUGAGGUUGCAGUUAACGCACGAGUUGUGCAGACGUCCAUUGGAUUAAAACUGUGAGCGUUGCGUCGAACGUUUUUGUCAGCAAAGGGCAGCCACCAACAACAACAAGAACUACACUUGGAGUGGGGAACGUGAACGUAGCAGAAGAAGUCACUCAGCCACGAUCGCACAACACACAUCUAACAGCAAACAACACACACUACACACAAACACACACAUAUAUAUACAUAAAUACAUAGACACACACUAGAGCAGCAAACGAGACGUAUAUUGCGAAAAAUAUCGCAUCAGUUGCAUUGCCAGUCUUGGCUUGCAUUCGCUACUGUCGUCGUCGUCGUCAUUGUAAUUGUAGUUGUGGGUUCCAAAAUACUUCACCCGCAACGUCAUGAGCGUUGACACGUACGCGCCGAGCUCGGCGCUCUCCUUCCUGGAUAUGGAUGACAGCGAACUGCUGCGUGGAGCGGACACGCAGCCAACACAAUAUGAUUUUCGUGACUUUACCAUGCCGUCCACGCCGCAAAGCCAGACACAGAGCGAGCAACUGGAGGUGCAGACGCGUCGCAGCACAGCUGUGAGCAGCAAUGCAAACGAUAUACAUCCUCGACUGGUUUCCAUCACCAACGAUCUAGCCGAUCUGCAGUUCGAAGAGGAGGACGAGGAUGCUGGCUCGUCGUUUGUUAAGGAGCUGCCACCGCAUGCCUGCAAAUACUGUGGCAUACACGAUCCGGCCACGGUGGUGAUGUGCAAUAAUUGCAAGAAGUGGUUCUGCAAUGGACGCGGCAGCACCUCUGGCUCGCAUAUCAUCAACCAUCUGGUGCGUGCCAAGCAUCGUGAGGUCACACUACAUGGUGACGGACCGCUGGGCGAAACCAUACUGGAAUGCUAUUCGUGUGGUGUCCGCAACGUUUUUGUGUUGGGCUUCAUACCGGCGAAGGCGGACUCUGUGGUGGUGCUGUUGUGCCGGCAGCCGUGCGCCGCUCAAAACUCGCUCAAAGACAUGAACUGGGAUCAGGACCAGUGGAAGCCUCUGAUUGCCGAUCGCUGCUUCCUACCCUGGCUGGUUAAGCAGCCCAGCGAGCAGGGACAGCUGCGAGCGCGUCAGAUAUCUGCGGCGCAAAUCAACAAGCUGGAGGAGCUAUGGAAAGACAACAUCGAAGCGACAUUCCAGGAUCUGGAGAAGCCGGGCAUUGAUUCCGAACCGGCGCAGGUAUUGCUGCGAUACGAGGAUGGCUAUCAGUAUGAGAAAACGUUUGGGCCGCUCGUCCGGCUCGAGGCCGAGUACGACAAGAAGUUGAAGGAGUCGGCAACGCAGGACAACAUUGAGGUGCGCUGGGAUGUGGGUCUCAACAAGAAGACCAUCGCCUACUUCACGCUGGCCAAGACAGACUCGGACAUGAAGCUGAUGCACGGUGAUGAGCUGCGUCUGCGCUAUGUGGGCGAACUCUACAAUCCAUGGAGCGAGAUCGGACAUGUGAUUAAGGUGCCCGAUAACUUUGGCGACGACGUGGGUCUCGAGCUGAAGACAUCCUCGAAUGCGCCCGUCAAAUGCACGAGCAAUUUCACCGUCGACUUCAUCUGGAAGUGCACCUCCUUUGAUCGGAUGACGCGCGCCCUCCAUCGCUUCGCCAUUGACAGGAAUUCGGUGUCGAAUUACAUAUACUCGCGUCUUCUCGGCCACGGCCGUACCGAUGGCACCGACGAGGUGCUCUUCCGGGGCCCCCAACCGAAGAUGUAUAGUGCGCCGCAUUUGCCCGAUCUGAAUCGCUCGCAGGUAUAUGCGGUGAAGCAUGCGCUGCAGCGGCCAUUGAGCCUCAUUCAGGGCCCGCCCGGCACCGGCAAGACCGUCACCUCGGCCACCAUUGUCUACCAGCUAGUGAAGCAACACGGCGGCACAGUUCUGGUGUGUGCGCCCAGCAACACGGCCGUCGAUCAACUAACCGAGAAGAUCCAUCGCACCAAUCUGAAGGUGGUGCGUGUCUGUGCCAAGAGCCGUGAGGCCAUAGACAGUCCCGUCAGCUUUUUGGCGCUGCAUAACCAGAUCCGUAACAUGGAAACCAACUCGGAGCUGAAAAAACUGCAGCAGCUGAAGGACGAAACUGGCGAGCUUAGCUCAGCGGAUGAGAAGAGAUAUCGUUCGCUGAAGCGCGGCACCGAGAACCAACUUCUCGAAGCGGCCGACGUCAUUUGCUGCACCUGUGUGGGUGCUGGAGAUAUGCGUCUGUCCCGCAUCAAGUUCACAUCGAUUCUUAUUGAUGAGUCCAUGCAGUCCACCGAGCCAGAGUGUAUGGUGCCCGUCGUUCUGGGCGCCAAACAACUCAUAUUAGUUGGCGACCACUGCCAGCUGGGACCGGUGGUUAUGUGCAAGAAGGCGGCACGGGCUGGUCUCUCGCAGAGUCUGUUUGAACGACUGGUGGUGCUCGGCAUACGUCCCUUUCGACUGGAGGUGCAAUAUCGCAUGCACCCGGAGCUGUCGCAGUUCCCAUCCAACUUUUUCUACGAGGGCUCGUUGCAAAACGGCGUCUGUGCCGAGGAUCGACGACUAAAGUUGGACUUUCCGUGGCCGCAGCCGGAGCGUCCGAUGUUCUUUUUGGUGACCCAGGGGCAGGAGGAGAUCGCCGGCUCAGGCACCUCCUUCCUCAAUCGCACCGAGGCCGCCAAUGUUGAGAAGAUAACGACACGGUUCCUCAAGGCCGGCAUCAAGCCUGAACAGAUCGGCAUCAUAACGCCAUACGAGGGCCAACGCGCCUAUCUUGUCCAAUAUAUGCAGUAUCAGGGCAGUCUGCAUUCGCGGCUAUACCAGGAGAUCGAGAUAGCGAGUGUGGACGCAUUUCAGGGACGCGAGAAGGACAUCAUCAUUAUGUCCUGCGUGCGCUCUAAUGAACGCCAAGGUAUCGGCUUUCUCAAUGAUCCGCGCCGUCUCAAUGUCGCGCUGACACGUGCCAAGUACGGCAUCAUUAUUGUGGGCAACCCGAAGGUCCUGUCGAAGCAGCAGUUGUGGAACCAUUUGCUCAACUUUUACAAGGACCGUAAAGUGCUGGUAGAGGGAUCGCUCAACAAUCUAAAGGAGUCGCUCAUACACUUCCAGAAGCCGAAAAAGCUGAUCAACACCAUGAAUAUUGGCGCCCACUUCAUGUCUACAAUGGUGGCCGAUGCCAAGGAAGUUAUGGUGCCGGGCUCCGUCUAUGAGCGCAGCAGCGGCUACAGCCGUUUUAAUAGUGGCGGCGGCGCCGCACUCUCCGGCCCUGGACAUGGCCUUAACAACGGCACUCCCUAUGGCGCUCCUUAUGGCACCUCCAAUUUAAGUUAUGGUGCCUCAGCGGGCACUAAUAGUGGCGGCGGUUAUGGCUCUUAUGGCUCCGGUUAUAGCGGCAACGGCGGCGGCAACAACAACUACUCUCCAGCUGGCGGCUCCAACAGUGGCAACUGGACCGCUGGCCAUUUGCAUCACGACUCCAUCGGUUACAUAUCCAACGAGCAUAGCGCCGCCGCCAUGACCAACAUGCCCGUGCCCGUCGGCAUGUUCAUGAAUAUGAGCAAUUUGCCGCCUCGUUUCUAUAAUCAGCAUCAGCAGGCGAUAAUGGCUGCCAAGCAGAAUCGUGCCAUGCAUCAGCAGCCGGGCUUUGGACCAGCCCUAGUGGGCGCUGGCAGCAUUACUGCCUCCUCGACCAACAAGAAGAACAGCAAAUCGUCGAAGUCGAGCGCCCGCAGCAACGCCAAUGCUGCUUCCUCAUCGGCCAACACAAACACCAACUCGAACGCUAAUACGAACGCCAGUGUCAGCGCUGCUCCUUUCAGUCAACAGCCCGGCUCCCUGUCCCUGCAGAUGACACAGCCGAGCGGCUUUGUAUUGUCGCAGCAGCCUGAAUUGUCGCAGGACUUUGGUCAAAUAUCGCAAAUGGAUGGCCUACUCUCGCAGGAUGUUGCAUUCAAUGUCACCGGCGAGCGCAGCUUGAACCCGUUUUCACAACCCUAUUGAAAAGGCUGAGGCGGCGCGGCACACAACAUGCAAACAUUUUUGAAAACAAGAACAAGAAAGAACGCAAGAAAGAUAGAAAAACCACAACAAACAACAACAAACCAACAACACACACAAACGAAACAUUGAAUAUGAACGCAACUUUAAGAAGUCAGCAGCAACAGGAGCAACAAACAAAUACAUGUAUAGAAAGCAACAACAAUGAGGAUGAUAAGGAGAAGAGGAUAAGAGCGGGAAACAUCAACUUGACGACUGCAAUAUAUAUACAAAUAAAGUGUAUGAAAGAAAUAAGGUGUGCGCCAGCCACACUCUCAAGGUGAAGAUGGAAUGGCGAUCGAUCUGUAGAUGGAAAUAUAGUUGGAACAGCCAUCCAUCCACCGUUGUCGCUCAGCAGUCAGUGAGACACAAAUGGAAUACAAAACAUAGCCAGCCAGCCAACAAGAUGAUGCAGCGGCAGCAACAGCAGCCGAUUAAGAACCUAUCGAUCUUAUAUGCAUGCCGGGAGAAUAGUAAACAGGAACAGGACAGGAACUGAAACACUAUCCGUUUUCGUGAGCUGCUGUUGAGCUGGAGCUGCAAUUUUCGAUGCUCGGAUGCGGGGGCACAAAUGCAUUUCGAAAAUGUCCAGCGGCCGUCGAAGGGACGAAGGGAGCAUCGUAGCUGUGUGUUGGCCAUUUGCCGAACCGGUCAAACCGGCGGCCAAUUGGUGGCGAAGCGAACAGAGAGAGCCGUUGAAAUUGCAGGAAGAAGCGAACAACAACCAACAGCCACUAGUUGUUGUUGUGUUGGUUUUUGAUUUUAAUUUUUAAAAUAACCUUUUCGUUUCGUAAACAAAUGUAUAUGUAUUCUAUUUUUUCUACCCAGCCUUAAGAGCCGAGCCCUCCAGCACACCCCAAAAUAAAAAACAAAAACAAAAACGAAAAAACAACAAGAAAACCAACCUCCUGUUAAUUUACACUCGAAAACAAAACCACAAAACUGUUUUACAUACAUCUAUUGUAUUUUGGAACGUUGCUUUACACAAUUUAUAAAGAAAUUUAUGCCUGAAAAGAGAGAGAGUGCGGGAAGAAGAAAGAAAAGAAGCGAGGUUGCCAAACAAUGUGUGUGCCACAAAUAAAUUGCUUGAGAAAAUGUUGUUUUUCAAAUUAAAAAUGAAUGCAUCAAACACUAGAAGUUACCCACAAACACAUACACACAAACACACACACACACAUACAUAAGGCAACAGAAAAUGGAAAAAUUGUUAAAUAAAACAAAACCGAUGUGAUUUAAUUUUUGUUUUCUCUUCGCGCAAACACAAGUGGAGUAUGUUAAUUGUUUAAAACAGAAGCGGAAGUGGAAGCGGAAACAGAAGCGAAGCAAACGGUAUAUUUUUUCUAUGUGAUUUUCCCCCCAAAACUUUUGCAACAUUUCAAAAGAAUUCUGAAAUAAAGAAUUACAUUAUUUUGUUUUUGCUAAAA